AUGAAUACGCUUCAUGAAUAUUAAUUAUAAGUGCCUUUAACUAAGCAACACGAAAAAACUAAUGAACAGUCAAACCUUGAAGGAAGUCUCACAUUAAGUAGGGAGAGGUUUAUUUAAAAAUAAAAGAAAUUAUAAAUUAAUACAACCAGAUUGAUACCUAUUACAAGUGAAAAAUUACCCAGAUUAUCUCAAAGCAGAUCUCCAAUCUAAUAAAAAAUGGCCAGAGCGAUAACAGAGUAUCAAGCACCAUCAAAAUAAUAAGCAAUGAAAUUUUUUAAAGCGAAUACAAAUACAGAAAAUGAAGGAAUCAUCUAUACUGAUGAUGAAAGAGCAAAAUUGAAAUUAAGGAGAGAGGAGAAAAAACCAAAAACUACCAAUUAUAAAGCAGGCCUUUAUGAAAAUACUUAAAAUAAAAAAUUUGCAGAGUUUGCAGAAUAGAUCAGAAAACUCAAAGACUAAUUGGAUUCUUUAUAGAAAUAUUUGAACAAUUCAAGAAAGUUGUUUUUAGUAGUUAGGAAUAUUGUUGAAAAAAGAAAAAACCUUAGGAAAAUUCUAUUAAAGAAUGGGAAAGAUGAACUUGUAGAAUUGUCUGACAUAGAAAAACUUUGCAGUGUAAAAGAAUUCGUCAACAUCAAUGGAGAAUAAAAACUUAUUGAUAAACUGAAUAUCUCCCUAUUAGAUGACAUUAUCUAUGCUAAUGAAGUCUUAGAGAAUUUAAAAAUUUAGAAUGAAAUUCUAGAUAUCAAGGAAAUGGCUGAUUAAGUAUAAAAAAAUUAAAUAAACAGGCUGAACAAGAUUUUAAAAAUCAAUUAAGAGGAAGAUUUGAAGUUAUCCUUCACAUCUAUCGCAAUGUCAAGGUACAAUUUGCACGAACAAAUUGAAACCUUCGAAUAGCGAUUAGGUCCUCUCUAGUCAAUCAAAAAAAAUUUAAAGCAAACCUCUUAAGCUAUUACCACUUUUGUAAAAUUGUUAUGUGAUAAGUGA